AUGGAUUGGAUCUGGACGCUUGCUGUGUGUUUGGGAGUUGUGUGUUCUGCUGUGCCGGGUUUGACUCAGGAGUCAUCCAAGACAUUGUUUCUGAUCUCAGGACCGGAGGUGUUGCAUGCUGGGACACCCACUCCGUUGGCUGUCACUGUCCUUGCUGACUUCUCUGGUAGGGUGGAGGCUGAAGUUGAAUAUGACAACAACAACAACAAAGUAUCCCAAACGGAGGACUUCCAAGGAGGUUUGACCAGGAUCCUCACACUCCCUCCUAUUCCUGCCUCUAUAACCCAAAGUUCUCUCUUAAACUUGACGGUGAGGGGCUACAAGGGGGAUGAUCUCAUUUUCACCAACACAACCACCCUCAGCUUCAACCUCAGGAAUGUCUCCAGCUUCAUUCAAACUGACAGAUCACGCUACCAACCGGGGGAUACUGUUAACGUCAGAGUUGUGUCUGUCCAGUUAGAUAAUCAUCCAUACAAAGGCAGAGUGGAUAUCUCUAUGCGGGAUCCCGGUGGGAACACUGUGGACAGGUGGGAGUCCACAGGGAAUCUGGGGAUCGUGUUGCGGGAAUUCAGUUUAUCCCAGACGUCUCCUCUUGGACAGUGGGCGAUCACAAUCACAGUGAAUGGCAUGACUGAUGAGAAAACAUUCAUUGUGGAGAACCAUGAGCCUCCUCACUUUGAAGUGCUGGUCAAGACGCCAUCACAGGCCCUGGUUGGAGAUGACAUCUCAGGAUCAGUGAGAGCCCUUUACCCCAGUGGACAACCUGUACAGGGAACACUGGCUGUCUCACUUACUGUGGCUUCUGCUAUGGACAAUUCAACCUCUGCAUUCAAGCUAACACAAACCAAAGAGAUUUAUGGGUCAACACAGUUUUUCUUCAACAAGGGUCAGCUUCAGGCCCUGCAUGCUUCAUCAGGGAUGGAUGAUGAUGGCCAUGUUGUUAUACAUGUUACUGCUUGCGUGAACUCCACCGGAUUUAAAGUCAGCAAAACUGUUGAAGUCCAUCUUAUGAAGAAUACAUUCCAGCUUGAAUUCUUUGAAUUUCCACUUUCACUAAAACCGUCUCUACACUUCUCUACAAAACUUAGGGUCUCUAGAUAUGACAGAAAGCCACUGAGCUCACUAGAUCGAUUGUACUCUGCUUUGGUUGAAAUCACUCAGAGAACAUCCAUGAUGGAUGCUGGACCUACAAUUGUGACACUUCCAGUGCCUGAGGAUGGGAACGUCCACAUUAAGUUUAAGUUACAGGCUCAAGUAGAGAUGCUUUUUAUUCGGGCCAGAUUCCAGUCCAGUGAGGAGACCCUGAAGGUCUACAACAACUACUCCUCUCCUAGCAGCUCAUAUAUUCAGAUCUCCUCAACUUUACCUGCACAGAUUGGAUCGCCUCUUCAAAUAGAUGUGGAAAGCACCUUUCAGCCAGCUGAGCUUCACUUUGUGGUGAGCUCUAGAGGUCAAGUGGUGGCUGCUGGGACAAAGACUUCCUCAUUUUUUUCUCUGAUCCCAACAGUGUCCUGGUCUCCUGAGGCCUGUGUCACUGUCUACUGUAUCCUCUCUGAUGGAGAGGUCACCAGCGACACAGCACACAUACCCAUCAACCAACACGGCUAUGUAUCUCUAAACUGGAGCAGUGACAAAGCCCAGCCAGGUGAGCAAGUAUCGCUCACAGUAACUGUCCUCGAACCCAAGUCCCAGGUGGGAGUCAUAGUAAUGGGGAUGCAUGAUGAAACUCCGCAGGCUGACCUAGAUUUAAAAGUGGAACAGAAAUGUAAUAUUAGGAUGCUGACCAAUGCCAGACUGUAUAAGAAAAAGCAGCCUGAUGGACUUAAAGAUGAGGUAGAAGUUCUUAUGGUGGAGAAGUACAGGAGCCACUGGCUGGAUGCCACUGAGUCCUUUCUGUGGUUAGAUGUUAAUGUUAGUGAUAAAACAUGGACAAGUGGGAAAAUAAAAGUGCCAGAUGGUGUUACUUCUCUGACAGCUGUAGCACUGGUGAUGUCAGAUAACCUCAGUUUGGGCUUCACUCCUGUGCCACAAAAGUUGACAGUGUCCAAAGAUUUCUCCUUGUCUCUCGAUGUCCCAUCAUACCUCAUCAGAGGAGAGGAGAUGGUGUUGGAGGUGAACAUCAUCAACCAUUUAGAGCGGGACAUAGAGGUCAUGCUGCUGCUAGCACAGAGUGAGGCCUUUGAGUUUGUUUUGGCAGACAGAGGUGACGUCUCUGUCGUAAAUGCCCAAAAACUCACCUUAGGAAGUCACGUCUCUGCCUCAGCCAUGUUCCCUAUAAGGCCUGUGGCUCUGGGCGAGAUGGAAAUAUCUGUGGACGCCAUCUCUGCAGAGGCCUCAGACAACCUUGUUUGGAGAGUGCUUGUGAAGCCUGAGGGAGUUGAACAGUCCUUCUCAGAGACUCUGUUUCUGGAGCUGGCACCGGUGAAGCACAACAAUUCUAGAUCCGUCUCCUUCUCCUUUCCACCAGAUGUGGUACCGGGCAGCCAGAGGGCCCAUGUGGCCUUGGUUGGUGAUAUCUUGGCCUUGUCCAUCAACAACUUGGAUUCUCUGAUUCAGAUGCCUCUUGGAUGUGGGGAGCAGAACCUUAUCCACUUUGCUCCAAGUAUUUAUGUUCUCCAGUACUUGGACAAGUCAAGUCAGGAUCAGGAGAUCAGAAGCAGGGCUCUGGGCUAUAUGAUGGAAGGAUAUCAAAGACAACUGUCCUACCAACGAACUGAUGGUUCCUUCAGUGCUUUUGGAGCCAGCGACACCUCUGGUAGCACAUGGCUGACAGCCUUUGUGCUAAGGUGCUUCCUCCAGGCUCAACCCUAUAUGCAGAUAGACCAGAGUGUUCUGAUCAGGGCCAUGACCUGGCUCUUAGGCCACCAGGGGCCCCAGGGAGAGUUCAGUGAGGUGGGGAGGUUGAUACACACGGAGAUGCAGGGAGGGCUGGAUAAUGGUCCUGUGGCCCUCACUGCUUAUGUACUGAUGGCACUACUGGAGGACAACACCUAUGCGAGCAUGUUCCCAGCCAAUGUGUCCCUGGCCCAGAAGUACCUGGAGAGCAAAGUAUCCAGUGGAGUGGUCAGUAACUACAGCCUGUGUCUGGUGGCUUAUGCUUUGACUCUGGCCAACAGUCCUGUGGCUGGCACUGCUCUGGCUGAGCUGAGCAGGAGAGCUUACUACAGAGAUGGAGUCAUGAUGUGGAGAUCCUCUGCUGGCCUGGACUCACAUGGAUGGCAGCCGCACUCAGUGCAGAUUGAGAUGGCCUCGUAUGUGGUGCUGGCUCUUUUUCGGCGAGGCAACUUAGUGGAGGGCAUUGCACUCAUCAAGUGGUUAAGCAAGCAGAGAAACCAUCUAGGUGGCUACGGGUCCACACAGGACACAGUAGUUGCCCUCCAGGCUCUGGCUUACUAUGCUGCUUUUAGUGGUGCCAACGCCAUUGACCUCAGGCUGAAUAUAUCUGCCCCAACGUCUUCGUUUGUGUCAGCCUUUCAAAUCAACUCCACCAACUAUCGGAUGUAUCAGAGCCGAGAGAUUAAUGCUGACAAAGAUCUACACAUAAAUAUAUACAUGGAAGGAAGAGGAUUCGCCAUAUUUCAGAUGAAUAUCUUUUACAACCUGGAGAGCAAAGCGUUUUCUCAGAAUCUCCAGCACACCACAGACGAGGAGGCUUUCCUAUUAGGUGUGAACAUUACUGAAGAGAGAGACCACAAUCACAUGUUGUUAUUUAUAUGCACGAGAUUAAAGAACAAUCAGGUGAUAUCUCAAACAGGAAUGGUUAUAUUGGAUGUGGGCAUGCUCAGUGGUUUCAGUCUUUCCCCUGAAGCUGCUACCCCAACAGAUCUUGUCAGAAAGGUGGAGAUACUGCCUGAGAAAGUCAGCCUCUACCUCGAUUCACUUACCAAAUCAGAGGUUUGCAUCGGACUUCCAGUCAUCAGAGAUUACAAAGUGGCCCAUGUACAGGAUGCUGUGGUGCAGGUUUAUGACUACUAUGAACCUACGAGAAGAGCAACAAGGACAUACAACUCAAAUAUCCUGAACAACAUGCACUCCUGUUUCUUCUGUGGUGAAGGCUGUGAUCGCUGUAGGCCAGGUAUCACCAUCACGGUGUCGUCCCCCCUCUCAUCUCACUCAAUACGCAGCUCCACCUACAGCUUAAGUUGCCUGUUUCUUGGAGUUGCUGCCUUUUUCACUAUAUUCUAAUUAGAUUUCAUUUUUAAAAGCUAUUAUUUUAACUAAUUAGAAGUAAUGAAUAUACACUGAGAUACAUAGAUUUGGGACUGUAUGUGCACACAUGUUCAUGCACUGGAUGCAAUUUCAAGUGUUUUUUCUUUUUUUUUUUCAUUUAAAAUUUACAAAAAUUUUCUUGACCAAUGAUUGUAACAUUCAGAGGAUCUGUGACACGUUCUUUUGUUUAGUGCACUUGUGCCCUCUACUGUUUACCAAUUUUUCAUUUGUGUUGUAUUUUGACAGAAUGUAAAUCAGAAAUUACUCUUUGAAAAUGUUGUAUCUGUUAUAUUUCAGUCCAUAUUUUUGGUUUCAUACAUUAAAAAGCAAAUUUAAGAAUUUCUUCACUUAA